GAAGAUUACGCAACGAGUAUAUAUCUAUAUAUAAAUAUAUGUGUGUACAUAUAUGUCUAAAGAGAAGGGGCACGGCUACACGAUACAAGCGUACAGCGUUGACACAAAUUUCCUGAGGAGUUUAGUGCUGCGAAGAGACUCGCGUAGUUAAGCCGCGUUAUAUUUAUAUAUCAAUUAUGGAUAAUCCGAUUGUUCAAGUGCAGCAAGGCAAAUUGUCUGGGACCCGGGAGACAAAUAUCAGGAAGAACGGGUGCUUCUACGCGUUCCGAGGAAUUCCAUUCGCGAAAUCGCCGGUCGGAGAUCUCAGAUUCAAGGACCCAGAACCUGUUGAACCCUGGUCUGGAGUAAAAGAGGCCAAGGAAUACGGAGACGUGAGCGCACAGUUCGACUGGCGGACAAAACAAAUCAUAGGAAGCGAUGAUUGCUUGUAUCUUAAUGUCUAUACUAAGGAAUUGACUCCUACGGUGCCGAGACCCGUUAUGGUCUGGAUUCACGGAGGCGGGUUCGUUGGAGGCUCAGGAAAUGAUGACGUUUAUGGACCGGAUUUUCUUGUUGAGAAAGACGUUGUUUUGGUUACUAUCAAUUACCGUCUUGGGAUUCUAGGUUUCUUGAACUUGGACGAUGAAGAUGCACCAGGAAAUCAAGGAUUAAAGGACCAAGUAGUAGCUCUGAAGUGGAUACAACAAAACAUUGAAAAAUUUGGUGGAGAUAAAACUAAUGUUACUAUUUUUGGCGAAAGCGCAGGAAGUGCUGCAGUCCAUUACCUGACUCUGUCUCCCCUGGCUCAAGGACUGUUCCACAAAGCGAUCAUGCAGAGUGGAGUUGCGACGAAUCCAUGGGCAAACACGACACUCCCGAUGAAGAAUCAAGCCGAGAAAAUUGCAGAUCAUUUGGGAAAAAGUGUAACGAAUACUAAAGAAUUAAUAGCAUAUUUCAAAACUGUUCCCGCGCUUGACUUAGUCCGAGCAGACCACUCUUUCCAAACUUGGCAGGAUCGUUUUUUAAUCAAUAAUACCUUUGUGCCAUCAGUGGAUUCUAAAUCCAAGCUUCCGUUUUUGAAUGUUCCGUUGAACGAAGCUACUAAGUCGGGAAUUAAGGUUCCUCUAAUAUGUGGACAUACUAGUCAUGAAGGAAUUAUACUUCUUGGAGGAUUUAAAGACGAAUUUUACUCGGAAAUUGAAGCCAAUGACGACUUCCUCUUGCAUUCAAACGUUAAGAAAUUCCUUCAAGACCAAAAUAUUUCCGAAGCAGAAAUGAAAAGAUUCUUCAUGGGCAACAAGCCAAUCAGUUAUGACAACGUUAAUGAAGUCGUAGAUUUAAUCAGCGCGACAAAUUUUGUGUUCAAUAUUCACCACGUUCUUCAAACUCAACCCCAAAUUCCUGGGAUUCCCACUUGGGUUUACAAGUUCGAUUAUUAUUCACCGGAAAAUUCAAUGAUGCAGAAAAUAUUUGGAGUCAAUGUUGAAGGAACGUCGCAUGGUGAAGAAUUGUUCUACUUCUUCUACCCGAAAAUGUUUGGCCUUCUAGGCAUAGAACCGUUUGCUCCCGGUACUAAGGAGUAUCAAAUCCAGCAGUACUUUUUGGAACUUUGGACCACUUUCGCUAAAACUGGAAACCCAAAUCCCAAAACGUCAGAACUAAUUUCCGUAGAUUGGGAGCCUGCCGACAAUUCAACGGAAUUCAAAUGUUUGAAAAUAUCCCAAGAUCUCAAGUUAAUUAAGGAACCUAAUUUAUUGCAUCGAUUAAUCAAAAAUAUAAAAAAUAAGCUGUAAUUUAUAUUGUAUUUACUUGACAAGAAAUUAAUGGAGUU